GUUUUCAGCAUAAGAUGGGGAUUCCUUGGCUUUGUAAAUGUGUAGUUGCUCUUUGAAAGUCACCGUUUGUGAAUUCGGUUCAGGAACAUCUAUUUAUCGAUAAGAGGGUUUAAUUUGCUGAAAUCUUUAUUAUUAUUGGGGUGUUUACAUGGAAUUCAUGUGUGAGUUUUCGAAUCAAAUUGUUCUAGUUUGAAAGUUAUUUAAUAUUUCGAAACGUGGAAAUAAAGUUGAAAUUAACGUCCAUACAAAAUGUCAGUCAGUUAUACGAUGCCCCCUCUUCCCGCAAACUCAUCACAAGAUGGAAUUCGCGAGACAAUGUUAUAUAGUGGAUCAAAGUUUAUAGGGUUCCAAAAAUCUCAAGGCAAUUCAUAUGACGUCGAAGUGGUUCUGCAGCACAUCGAUCUUCAAAACUCUUUUCUGUGUGGGUAUUUAAAAAUUAAUGGGCUAACGUUUGAAUUCCCAACGCUUACAACGUUUUUUGAUGGGGAAAUCAUAUCCAAGAAAUAUCCAUUUUUAACAAGAAAGUGGGAAGCCGAUGAAGAUGUAGACAAAGGCCAUUGGAGCAAAUUUGGAGCUUUUGCUGAAUAUGAAGGAACAUUUAAUUCAGAUAAUUUUGACUUUCAAAAUUUAGCGAAUAGCGAUUAUGUUUUUAUGCGAUGGAAGGAACAUUUUCUUGUGCCUGAUCAUACUAUAAAGGACAUCAAUGGGGCAUCUUUUGCCGGAUUUUAUUAUAUAUGCUUUAUUAAAUCUACCGGAAAAGUGGAAGGGUAUUAUUAUCACCGUUCAUCUGAGUUAUAUCAAUCUAUUGAACUAGAGCACAUACCUGAAAAUUCUUCAGAAAUAUACGAAUUUAGAUAAGCAAAGUCAUGUGUUAAAACUACACAAGUAAAGCAAAUAUUAGGCGCAUACCGUCAAGGCAAAGUAUCAUAAGUAGUUAUAUUCGAAAGAAUAGUCAACAAUACAAACAGCCGCAACAUUGCCUUCGUCCGGAAAGAAAUUCACGGGGAUUUUUCACAAAAAUAUGUAUUGCGAAUUUCGCCCGAAAUACAUUUCACCUCGAAUGAGCUUGUAUUAUUGAGAUCUGAUAGCUACAUGAAGGUUGAAAAGUAUUAAUUAUAGUAAAGGAAUUUCCAAUAAGAGGUGUUAUUUUGAUAUUCAAAGAAAAUUCCUAUUUUUUAAUAUAAAUGAUCGGAUGUUUAUUUCAUUAUAAAGAGGAAGGUAUGCCGUUAAUAGUGGAAAAUAACAUCAAGCAAAUGACACCACGACCACGCUUACAGGACAAUAUCACGACACGAAUUCCAUUUUUGAGGUCUUGAAUCGACCCUGGGAUGUUGGCGUAGACCUUUUCUUUCACGUGGCCUCAAAGAAAAAAGUCACAAUGUGUUAAAUCACAAGAUCUCGGUGGCCAAUUGUUAUCACCUCUUCGAGAGAUAACACGGUGCAGAAACUUUUCCCGUAAAAGAUCAAUGGUAGCUUGUGUGGCACGUAGCGCCGUCUUGUUGAAAAUAAACGUUGUUCAGAUCUAUACCAUCCAAUUCCGACGAUAAAAAAUCGUUAAUCAUUUCUCCUGUUUAACACCUAACAUCUGUUAUUGGAAAACCCUUUAGAUUAAUUAAAAAUUUUAAUGAAAUUUAAAAUGCAAAAAGCAAAUGUGGAACAUCAGUAAUUAGGAGACAGCUGAAAGGAUUAGAAUCCUUUAGAACUACCUGAAACUAUAAGCUAGUAGAAUGUUUGUUUGUGCAUCUACUAAUUGAAUAUUUCAAGCAUAGGCAAUAUUACAGGCCAAACAAAGAAACUUGUAAAUAUUUGUUAGAUGUGUUAACCAAUUUCUUACCACACUCAAGAAAAAAUUUGCAAUUCCGCCAAUAGUUAAAAUUAACGCUCGCAAAAAUUGUUGAUACAGAUUUUGAAGUUGGUCUCCCUUGAUCAUCUCUAACGGUAUUUUCUUUUCUCGUAUCACAUUGGCUGAAAAGAGCCGGGCCUAACACAUAAAUGGCACUAGUUUUAUUGCGUUCACCUAUUUUUCAGUUAGUACUAACCUUAAAAGGACAGCUGUUAAAAUUUCAUGAUAUUCUAUUAGUUCGUGAGUUAUUGCGCUAAGAGUGGCACUAUUUGUUUUAUUUUCAAAACGUUGGAUUCAAAAGUAUUUCGUGUUUUAGUUUUACACUGCUUCUUGAUGGGAAGAAAUACCGUUCAAGCGAACCAAUGGCUUGAAAAGUGUUAUGGGGACAACGCUCCAUCAGAAGCGACAACAAUGGUUUGUUGACUUCAAAUGUGGUUGUACAGACACCGAUGAUGCACAACGCAGUGGACGUCCAAAUAAGGCGGUAACACCAGAAAACACAAAAAAAAUCCAACCAAAUCGUUUUAAAUGAUUGAAAAGUGAAGUUGCGUGAGUUAGCUGACGUCGUAAAAAUAUCAAAAGAACGUGUAUUACAUACAUGAGUAUUUGACUAUGAGAAAAAUUUUUUUUUUUUGAAGUGGGUGCCGCGUUUGCUCACUAUUGACCAAAAACAAAAACGUCUUGAUAAUGGCAAAACUACAUGAAUUGAACUUCGAAUUGUUCCCACAUCCACCGCAUCGCCAGAUUUAGCUCCCAGCGACUACUGGUUAUUCGCAGACCUAAAAAAAUGCUCGAUAGUAAGAAAUUUCAUUCGACUGAAGAGGUUAUUACUGAAACUGAGGCCUAUUUUGAGGCAAAAAAUAAAUCGUUAUAAAAAAAGUGGUAUUGAAAUUUGGAGCAGUGCUGGAAUGAUAGCGUUGUUCUUGAUGGAAAUUACGUUGAUGAAUAAAAUUAAUUUUGAGCAAAAAAAGCGUUAUAAAAAAAGUGGUAUUGAAAUUUGGAGCAGUGCUGGAAUGAUAGCGUUGUUCUUGAUGGAAAUUACGUUGAUGAAUAAAACUAAUUUUGAGCAAAAAAAGCGUGUUUGCUGUAUUAGGCCCGGGACUUUUCAGCCCAUGUGCUAAUAAUAUCGCAUUUAUUAUAUUAUUCUCCAGGAGCGUCACAUUUCGUCUUCUUUUUGCAGAAUUUUCAUAUUCUGAAGCUGUUCCACUCUAACCAGCACACCAAAAUGUGUGCUAUUUUCUUACCUCUGCAAAAAAUUAGAGUAAGCGUCCAGCUUCUUCGAGUUUAUCUGUCUACAGAAGUUUGUAAAACUAGUUUGUACGAAAACUUUAAUUAUUACAAAAAAAUGGACGCAAAUCAAAUUAUUAUAUUCAAUAUGUAUUCUAUUGUGUUAAAUAUUUAUAUUAUAUAAGUUGUAGAAAUGUUGAAUUUUUCUUGUUCUUAUUAGAAAUAUUGAAGGGCAUGUGGAAACAUUUUCGUAUUACUGAUGACCCUAUUUAUAUAAUCACUACAUGUAACUUUAGAGUUCAGAAUGACUCUUAAUUUUGUACCUUUUCCACAAAUGUACAGGAACUAGUCCCUAACAGCUAGGAAUAUUGUCGACAAAUACUACAAUAGUACAUAUACAUAGAUAAUACAAAUGAUUUAGACGCAUUUAAACAUAAAGAAUUUUCACUACUGCAAAUGGAGAUGGCAAACAGACCACAAUUUAUUUUGCAACAUAAAUCCUCAUUCAGAUCAAUGCGGCUGGAGAAGUACAAUUGUAUAUCAUUUGCAUAAGCGUGAGUAUUCACAUAAUGAAAAAACAUCACAAAGAAAGAAAUUAAGUAAAAGCGGACAGAUCCCUGUGGAACGUCAGAAUCCACCGAUUUAGGUUUGAUUUAAUUUUUGCGUCCUAUCCUCAAGAUAGUUGGCAACAAGUUUCACCGAACUGUAAACACCAAAGAUUCAUACAAGCAGGCUAUGGUCCACUGAAUCAAACACCUUAGAGAAAUCAAAUAAACAAAGAAGUGAUAAGUCAGCAUUGUCAAAAUUAAUUUGAAUAUCGUCCAGUAUUUUUACCAUUGCUGUCGAGCAGCUAUGUUUUGAUCUGCCAGAUUGUUACGGAGAGAGCAGGCUGUUAUUCUGUGUAAAUGCAGAAAUGUGUGCCGCUAUUAGAUUUUCGCGCGCUUUUGAGACACAUAGCAUUCGCCUUUUUUGUCACUAGCAGUAUAAUAUAUCUUUUUCCCACAUUGCUGGAAAACCCGAGCUUGUAAAGCAGUGAUUUAUUAUAUACGGGACGUUCCACGUCAACCGGUACACUAGCCGGUCCAAAAUUCUAUGGGACCGAUUUUGAAGUCCAAGGUCUCAAGAUGAUCGUCUGAAUGUCCACUAUCGAAAGCCGUCUGGCCCAUUGAGAAAUUCAAUAUGGCGUCCAAAUUAUGGCGUCUAAGCUGACUAAAAAUUAGAGUUUAUUUAAAAUCUUGUGUGCUCCUAAGAAAACCAGGAGCAAUGAAAAAAAAGUAAUACUGAUUCUUUAUGUUCUUAGGGUCGCAGAUUACGAUUUCGGAAGCAGAUUUCCAAAAUUCAAAAUGGCGGAUGCAAUAUGGCGGCCGAAAAUAUUAUAUUAAUUUAUUUCGAUUUGUUUAAAAUGUAUUUCUAAGGGGUUUUUGGGGUCGCUGAUUACGAAUCUGAAGUCAGAUUUUUUAAAUUCAAAAUGGCGGAUCCAAUAUGGCGGUCAAAAAUAAAAAAAUUAUUUCGAUUUUUUUGAAACCUGUUUUAAAAGGGUUUUUGGGGUCGCUGAUUGCGAUUCUGGAGUCAUAUUUCAAGAAUUCAAAAUAGCGGAUCCAAUAUGGCGGCCAAAAAUAAAUAA